AGGGUGGGGGCGUGCACGGUGGGUGCUUCCUGUUCACAUGUCUCACCUGCGGGGACACAAAGUGGGAGUUGACGUUAACACCUGGAGGAAGCGACCAAUCAGCUCUCACUCUCCCUGCAUGUCGAUCACAGCACGAGCAGACCCACAGAGAGUUCACCCGGAGAUCAGAGGCACGCACGCACACAGCACGAGGGGAAGAGAGAGGCCGACUCACAUACACAGGAGAGAGAGAGAGAGAGAGCGAGAGAGAGAGAGAGAGAGAUCUGCAGCAGCAUGCUCCACCACUCUGCUCAGCUCCUGCACCGAGAGGACUAGACGCACUCCUCCUCCUCCAAGUUCAAGUUUUUAUCCUUUUUAAACCAAAAUUUUCCACAAUUUUCCCUCCAGACUCCAAACUCCUCUCCUCUCCUUCCCCUGCAGUGGAUGAGAGCAACACGCGUGGAUGGUUAUGUUUGAAAAGGAGUCAGGACAACCUCUGGACCAGUCAACCGCAACAGUGAUGCCUUCCAACAAAUACUCUGCUGCGAUCAUGGAGGAGAGCAACAACAUGACGGCCACGGCGCCGGUGAACGGAGACAAGCCCCCAGCUGAGGGCCUAUCAGAAAACGACAGCGGAGUGGAGCUGACCAAUGAGAACAGCCCUCUGUCUGCAGCCGAGCCGCCCUCCCCUUUCAGCCCCAAGCAGAACGGAGACGCCGCCUCGCCUCAAGAUGAUAACCAGUGUUCACGGGGAAACAGGAAGAGGAGCAGGAAGAAGUCCGAGGAGGAGGAAACGACCUGGGACUCCUACAGCGAGGAGAAAGCUGCCGGAGCGUCUCAGCUGGGUCUGAGACAGACGCCUCGGCCCCGGACCAUCUUCCAGGCCGGACUGACACCACACCCACACAACAAACCUCGUAGACAGAGCCGCAAGCAGGAGCACAGCAUGCCACCGUGUGACAGGCCUCCUGCUGCCCUUGCAGCUGCUGGAGGAGCAGGGGGUCCUCGGGCGGCCGUGGUUGUGUCCGGCGGUGUCCCCGAGGCUCCCCGUCUGGAGCUGAUGGAACAAGACUCCAAGGACUCGGCCCAGAGCGUCAGCACCUCGUCCAGCUCGGAGAUCCAGCUGGAGUACAAUGACACCAAGGGUUUUGGCAUCGGUGAGCUGGUGUGGGGGAAGAUUAAAGGCUUCUCCUGGUGGCCCGGCAUUGUGGUGACGUGGCGCGCCACCGGCAAGAGGCAGGCGAGCCACGGCAUGAGGUGGCUGCAGUGGUUCGGAGACGGCAAGUUCUCUGAGGUUUCAGCCGACAAACUGGACUCCAUCACAGCCUUCGCCAAGUUCUUCAGCCAGGCGUCCUACACCAAGCUGGCCUCGUACCGCAGGGCCAUCUUCCAGGCUCUGGAGAUGGCGAGCAUCCGGGCGGAGAAGAAGUUUCCUCCCUGCGAGUCGGACAACCCGGACGACCAGGUGAAACCCAUGCUGGACUGGGCCAACGGCGGCUUCCUGCCCAAAGGAGAGGAGGGACUCAAACCCACGCACACUGCCGACAGUAACCCUCUGGACCACCAGGUCCUCGACGUCUCGCUGCCCGAGUAUUUCCCCAGCGCCAAGCGGCCUCGAGUCAGCCUCUGCAAGAGCAAGGCGGCCCCCGAGGAGUCGUACAGCAGAGAACAAAUGGUGAAUGAAGUUCUGAAGAAUAAAAGAAGUAUAGAAGAUUUCUGUCUCUCUUGUGGGAAGAUGAGAGCAGCGACCUUCCACCCACUGUUUGAAGGAGGCCUGUGCCAAACAUGCAAGGACGUGUACCUGGAGAUGUCCUACAUGUACGAUGAUGACGGCUACCAGUCGUACUGCACCGUGUGCUGCGGAGGGAGAGAGGUCCUGCUCUGUGGGAACGCCAACUGCUGCAGGUGUUUCUGUGUGGACUGUCUGGACAUCCUGGUGGACCCCGGAGCGUCUAACAACGCUCGGUAUUUGGACCCGUGGCGCUGCUACAUGUGCCAGCCGCUGCUGCAGUACGGCGUCCUGAAAAGGAGACAUGACUGGAGCCUCCGGCUGCAGGCCUUCUUCGCCAACGACAACGGACAGGAGUUUGAGAAACCAAAGAUUUUCGCAGCUGUCCCUGCAGAGCAGAGACGACCAAUCAGAGUCCUGUCCCUGUUCGACGGCAUCGCCACUGGCUAUCUGGUCCUGAGGGACCUGGGUUUUAAGGUGGACCAGUACGUGGCGUCGGAGGUGUGUGAGGACUCCAUCUCUGUGGGAGUCGUCAGACAUGAAGGAAAGAUCCAGUACGUCCAUGAUGUCCGCAACAUCACCAAGAAAAACCUCCUGGAGUGGGGUCCUUUUGACCUGGUGAUCGGAGGAAGUCCCUGCAACGACCUGUCCAUCGUCAACCCGGCCAGGAAAGGGCUGUAUGAAGGCACAGGGAGGCUGUUCUUCGAGUUCUACCGUCUGCUGAGCGAAGCCAAGCCCAAAGAAGGAGAGGACCGGCCCUUCUUCUGGAUGUUUGAAAACGUGGUCGCCAUGGGUGUCAAUGACAAGAGGGACAUCUCUCGCUUCCUGGAGUGUAACCCUGUGAUGAUCGAUGCUAUCGAGGUCUCUGCUGCUCACCGUGCCCGAUACUUCUGGGGAAACCUGCCGGGCAUGAACAGGCCUCUGUGUGCCUCUGGGAUGGACAAGCUGGAGCUGCAGGACUGUCUGGAUCACGGCAGAGUUGCAAAGUUCGGGAAGGUGCGCACCAUCACUACACGCUCCAACUCCAUCAAACAGGGGAAGGACCAGCACUUCCCUGUCCUGAUGAACGGGAAGGAAGACAUCCUGUGGUGCACCGAGCUGGAGAGGAUCUUCGGUUUCCCCGUCCACUACACCGACGUGUCCAACAUGGGCCGCGGGGCCCGUCAGAAGCUGCUGGGCCGGUCCUGGAGCGUCCCUGUGAUCAGGCACCUGUUCGCUCCGCUCAAAGACUACUUCGCCUGUGAAUAGAAGCCUGACACCACUUAGUGAUCACACACCAGCGUUUCUAUCACGACUCUGUGGCUCCAAAAAACAAAAACCUCCUCAGCCUCCAGACACGUUUUUUAUAAAGAGCUGGACGUUUUUCUAACCAGUUCCACUACAAAUGGGUGCAGCUGGGAGAGAGGGUGGGGGGGGGGGCGGUUUGUGCAUCACCAAACAGUUUUUUGACAGUUUGGUGAUGCACAGCAGCCUCAAACACACACGACACACACUAACACAGAGCAGCAGAGGCUGUUUCAUCACUACCCCGCAGUGUCAGCAGCCCUGAGUAAAGACUGCAGGAUCAGCUGAGUUAAAAGGGAAAAAUCAGGCCUGUAGAGUGAUUUUAACUGGAUUUUAUUGUUUUUUAAAAUGCCCUUAGAAGGCCUCGUUUUAAGUUGACAACACUUAGUAGAAAAGUACAAAAAAACACAAGCACCAACGAUACAGAUUUUUUAAGUAUCAAACUUUUUUUCAAACCAUUUUUAUAGGAAGUUUUAAACAUUUCAGAGGACCCUCAGCACUUCGUUUAGCAGAUAAUAAAAACGUGUGACUUUUAAACUAAACAGAAACACUUGAAUGAUUCGUGGACUAAUUUUUUAACAGAAACCACAUUAAAUUGUGAUUUUUAUUGGCAAUAACAAACCGUAAGUAGGUUGUUUAGGUCCCACUCAAGCCAGCUGAUGAUACAUUAUAGGUUUUCUGUAGAGAAAUAAGUAGGAAUCCUACAAAUAACUCUUAAUUUCAGCUUUUUGAUUUUUCGCUUUCAACAUAAAAAAACACAGUUAAUUAGAAACAAGGUGUCAGACAAAACAAGCUGACUUUGAUGCUGAUGCUUCCUCUCAUCUUGUUCAGUUCGGACUCAAAGUAAGAUAAUAAAUACCUGCUGGAUAAUUAAUGAUUUUCAGGAUAAAAACAUUAUUUUUCAGCAUCAUCAGCAAAUAAUUCUAUGAGUGUAAACCUUGUGGAAGCUGCAGUUAUUAACCGCUAACCUUUGGAAAAAUGACUUAAUUUUCCCAGAUAGGAGAGUCGCACAUAGUUGCAUUUAAAUAUUGAAAGGAAAGUUUUGCACCAUGUUUUAGUUUUGCAAAAAAACAACAAUAAAAACAGAGGAAAGAGCAUUGAGCGGAGGAAACCUUAGCACCUGGACAUGAAGCAGGACUUAGUUGUUUUAUUUAGAGUUUGUAAUCAUAGUUUUUUGUUGUUUAUUGCAAAAAAAAAAAUGUUUUAUUUGCUUUGAGGUGCGUUCAUAUGAGGGAAAAUAGCUUCCUUUUUAGAAAAGAAAAAAAAAACAAAGAUUAUAUAAAAGUGUUUUUUUUUUUUUUGUGUAGAUAGUGUGAGUUAAAGUGUCACGUCUCCCUGAUCGCUACACACAAAUACUUGAAACAAGCCAAUGCAAAAACAGAGAUAUGGAACCAUUCCAGACAGCUGUGACGGCAUCCAUCCCACUGAUGUUUAUCUUAAAAUCUACAUUGUUUUAGUGUCGCUGGUUUUUAACAGAAAAGGUUUAAAACACUGGUGAACACACAUUUUUAUUAAACUACCACUGACUACUUGUGGUUAAAGGUGUUUUCUUAGGUUUUAAAUAAGAGGACAGCCGUGGAAGUCAUCUGUGUGGUGCACAUGCUUUAGUUUACAGGAACAAAUAAUAAUUCUGCAUCACAUGCAAACAGACGGACAGAAAGGUCCUGCAGAGCAUGAAAAAACUGGAAGGAAAAACAUGGAAUAACAUGAUUUAUUCUCUAUUUUUUAUGAAAAUAUUUGUAAAAUAGAUUAUUAAAUUCCUGGUCAUACAGCUUUGAAUUUGGUUGUAGAGGAUGGCAACAUUUUUUAAUAUUUUAACAGCCUCAAAUUAUUUUACUGCCCUUUCAAUAGAAUCUGCCAAUUUGGUUUGCACUUAGACAUUUUCAUCAGAUUUACUCUAAACCAAAAAAAAGCACCAUAUGUAAUUAAAUCAAAUAAAACUGAGAUAAAUACAUUACAAGACAUUGAUCUAACUUUAGCUAAUAGAAAUGACCUCAUUUACAUGGAUAACGUUUAUUUAAUUACUGUUAAUAAAACCUGGAAGUAAUUUCUAUCUAACUGAAAUUAUAAAACUUCACAGUAAUUACAUAAAUGAGGUAAAUUAGCUAUAGUUAUAUGCAUUUCUUAUUAAUCUAGUUUUAUUUGAUUUAAUUACAUAAAUAUUACUUUUUGUUUAUUAGAUUUACUCAAUUAUAUGGAAAUUUUCUCUCUAAUUCAAAUGAGUAAACAUGACAAAAAUGUAUUAGUGUCCCGUCUGCCUGAUUCCACGUGAAUUAAUCUAAAUAAUUUUGACAAAACAGCAAAAAAAAAGUAAUAUUUUAACAACUCAAACAAAAAAAGCACCAUUUAUGUAAUGAAAUAAAAUAAAACUGAGAUUAAUACUUUAAAAGACAUUUAUCUAAUUUAAGCUAAUAGAAAUCACCUCAAUUAGAUGUAAUUACUGUUAAUAAUAAAACCUGGAAGUCAUUUCUACUUUGUUAACUUUAUUAAUGCAAAUUAGGUCAAUUCUAUUAGCUUUUAUUGAAUACAUUUCUUAUUAAUCUAGUUUUAUUUGAUUUCAUUACAUAAAUAGUUUUAGGUAAUGUUAGAUUUACUCCAGUUAGAUGGAAAUUUUCUCUGUGAUUCAAAUAAGUAAAAUGUAUUAGUGUCCUGUCUGCCUGAUUUCAUGUGAAUUCAUCUAAAUAAUUGUGACAAAACUGCAUAUAAUAUGUAAUAUUUGGUGCACUUUUAACACCAGAAGAUAUCUUUUCCUCCGAGACUUUAAACACAGAGUUCCUGCAGCAGUUUAGAUUUAUAAUACUGUGGUUUAAUGUCUCUGUGUGCUUUAGCGUGCUCACCACACAGACGAUUUAUUUUAAUCCACACAAACAUUCGGCGCUGUCCUUUGAAAACAUCUUUUUUUGGUGCUGUUUUUUUAUAACUGGAAGAUUUUUAAAUGCUGUCAGCUGUCACCAAAUCCUACUAAAAGGGCAUUACCUCAGACGAAGGGGCAACUGUACGUCACUCCUCCUGUAGGAUCUCUGUUCUGUGAAUAUAUACUGUAGCUUUAUGCUCCCAUAUGCCCUGUAUGUAUAUAUAUAGAGCUCGUAUUUUAUCACUGGAACUUUUUGUUUUGCGUACUGUAUCGAUAAAAAGGUUUACAAGUGUCUUUUAUUUGACAAUAAUAAUAAUUUUUCUAACACAAAUGACUCGGUGCUCAGAAAGACCCUCAAAGUGCCACGUUUUAAGAUUUUAAAGUCCUUUUAAAAACCAAAAAGUAAUUGUUUACAUGCUUUGUUAACACUGCUGAGCUUGUUGAAUGUUUUGCUUGAAAACAGUACGCAAAAAAAACAAAACUUUUUGUAACUGCUCUUUUUUAAGCCUUUUUUUAUAUUGAGAACAAAUACAGUAUAUAUUAACAAUAUAAAGCUUUCUUUUAAUGUUAUAGCACGACAUAGAGCGUAUUAAUCAAUAGCUUUUUGAUAUUUUGUUAUUUAGAUGGAAACAUUUGAGUGUAUUUGUAGUCUUGAGUGUGAAUGAUGUGAGAACAGUUUGUUUUUCUUCGCUAUAACCUUUUAGUGCUUUAUCUUUUAUCCCAUUGGAGGAUUUUUUUUCUUACUAUUUUUGUGCCUUUUUCUGAAUCUAAAGUGCAAAAGCAUUUCAAAAGAACAGAUUCUGUGCUAUUUUUAUACUUCAUUUGAAUAGUGGAAAAACGUUGCUGUAUUUUUUUAUGUUUGUGUACUUCCUAUAGCGACAUAUAUUUUAACGUUGCUCAAUAAAACGCAGCUUGGCUGCUAAAAAACA